AUGUCCAUGGGCUAUCUAGUUGGCGAGAAUGCACCAGUAGUUUGGCGAGGUCCCAUGGUGAUGAAAGCUAUUCAGCAGCUUCUACAUGAGGUAGAAUGGGGCGGUCUGGAUGUUCUUGUCCUAGACCUUCCUCCAGGUACAGGAGAUACACAGUUGACCAUCACACAGCAGGUCAUUUUAGAUGGCUCUGUCAUCGUUACAACUCCUCAUACUCUUGCCACCAAAGAUGCUGUUAAAGGUAUCAACAUGUUCAAAACAGUUGAUGUCAAUAUCCUUGGCCUGGUACAGAACAUGUCCUUGUUCACAUGCCCUCAUUGUCAUGGAGCAACCAAUAUCUUUGGUUCCAAUGCAAGGGUCGAAAAGUUAUGCCAAGAGCAUCAGAUCGACUUUUUAGGUGAUAUCCCAUUGCAUCCCAAUAUUGGAGAUGACGGGGACAGAGGAAAACCCACAGUAGUUGCAGAACCUACGAGUGAGAGGGCUAGUGCCUUUUUGAAGAUAGUACAAGAUAUCUGCCCCAAAAUCGAUCUUAGCGGUAAAUAG